UUCGUGUGAAAUUCUGUGUUUCAAAUUUGAAUUUGCUAGAGUUCGCCAAGGGAAUAAUACUAGAUCAUUGUGUCAUCUGGAGAAUAUCUUCUCGAGGGUUAGGGUUAGGUUUAUAAAUUACAUGUCAAACGUACAAAUUGAAGCUGUAACAACGGUGGAUUGUGGCUAAAACUAUUCUGAAGGGUUAGGGUUAGAUUUGUGGGUAUAAACACUGACAGAUAUUCUACAGAUCGGUCAAGAUCAAGUUAUCGGUUUGCAGUAGAGUUUUUGGAAAUCUCGUUAAAAAAUCAACAGUAAAAAAAUAUUUUGAGAAAAAAAAAUGGAUAUGAUAUAUAAAACAAACUGAACAAGUUUGAUAAGGAAAAACUAUCACAAUGCCUAGAAGAAAAAGGAGCAAAUUGAUUAAAAAUUUACAACAACAUUGGCGUAAAUGGCGUGAUAGCAUUGCAGAUAAGCCCCUUCCUGAUUCACCAAAUGAACACCUUCCUGAUUCAACAAAUGAACCCCUUCCUGGAUCACAAGAUCAACCUCUUCCUGGAUCACAAGAUGAACGCUUUCCUGGAUCACGAGAUGAACUCUUUCCGGGAUCACGAGAUGAACCUCUUCCUGGAUCACGUGAUGAACCCCUUCCUGGAUCACAAGAUCAACCCCUUGCUGCUUCACCAGAUCAACCCCUUCCUGCUUCAAGAGAUGAACUCCUUAAAGGAUCACCAGAUCAACUGGAAACUAAUAAUGUUAAAACAUUCCAUCAUUGUGUUUUUUGUGAUGAGAUUUUUAAAGAGUACAGUGAUCUAGAUCUUCACUAUGAACUACAUGUGAACAAGAAGAUUGACAGUAUCGUAAAACCCUGCAAAAGACAUGUUAAAACGGGGCAAAUUGCUAAUGUUGUAAAACUCCGCAAAAGACAUGUUAAAAAAGACGAUAUUGAUAAUGCUGUAAAACUCCGCAAAAGACAUGUUAAAGAAGAAAAAAUUGAUGUGGAAAAACUUCACAAGAAACAUGUUAAAGGAAAAAAAAUUGAUGUGGAAAAACUCGACAAGAUACAUGUUAAAGAAGAGGAAAUUGAUAACUUGAAUUAUUUUCAGUGUAACUUGUGUGAAAGAAAAUUUGAUUUAUACACUGAUUUAGAAGAACAUUGUAAAAUACAUAUGGAAUAUGAAGAAUCUCCUAUCAUAGGACAAAAUGUUAAAGAGAGCGAAUCUAUUGCAAGUACUUUAUAUCAAUGUACAUUAUGUCAAAUUUGCUUUGAGCAAUAUUUUGACCUGGAAGAACAUUGUAAACUUCAUGGAUAUCAAUGUACAGGCAGAGUUAGGUCUUCCAUUAGGAAACUAACGAUGUUAAAACUUUCCAUCAGUGUGUUGUGUGUGAUGAGAUUUUUGAAGAGUACAGUGAUCUAGAAAUCCAUAAUAUAAUACAUAUCAAAGAAGAGAAAGUUGAUAAUGUCACAAAUAAAAUGAAGAUGCUGAAGGAAAAUGGUGAGGAGGGUGACUUGGAUGAAAACAACGUAUCUUGCAAUGUUGAUUUGCAUAAUGCCUACAAAACCGUCAUAAAGAACGAAGAAAUCGAUGACAUUCGGACAUCUUUUAAGGACGACAUUUCCAGAUUAUCGCUGUUUCGAAUCAAACCGUAUAAAUGCACGGUUUGUAAAAAGGCAUUUAAUCACAAAGGCAAUUUAACGGAACAUUUGAAAACUCAUUCUGAAGAGAAGCCAUUUAUUUGUGGAAUUUGUGAGAAAUCGUUUCGAAUCAAACGCCAUUUACAAGUUCACAUGAGAAUUCAUACCGGUGAAAAGCCCUAUGAAUGUACCGUUUGUGAUAAAUCAUUCCGACACCGCGCGCGAUUCGUACAGCACCGGAGAAUACAUACCGGAGAAAAACCCUAUAAUUGUGAUUUGUGUGAAAAAACAUUUAGUCGUAGCGAUGCUCAGCUGCAGCACACGAGAAGUCACACGGAUUAUAAACCCAAUAAAUGUGAUGUUUGCGGGGAACUAUUUAGUCGUUUGAACGUCCUUCAGGAGCAUAUGAAAAUGCACAGCGAUGAGGAACCGUUUAAAUGUAAUGUUUGUGAUCAGUCGUUUAAUUGUAUUCGUUCUCUCGGGGAGCAUAUCUCCGUCCAUACGGGAGAAAAGAAUUUUACAUGCGAUGUCUGUAGCAAAGAAUUUUUCCAUCCAAAUGCUUUACAACAGCAUAAAAAAUGUCAUUUUGUGAAGAGACCUUAUAUAUGUGGGGAUUGUGAUUUAGCGUUCACGUCUGCGAAUAAACUAGCCAAUCACAUGCGCAUUCAUACGGGAGAACGGCCAUUUAAAUGUGCAAAUUGUGGCAAAUCAUUUACACGAAUCGACGGUCUAACGAGACACGAGAAAAUUCAUACCGCAGAAAAACCUUUUAAGUGUAGUUUAUGUAGCAAUUCUUUUAGUUCGAAUAAUAAAUUGACCAAUCAUAUGGUGUUUCAUACAGGCGAAAGACCGUUUAAUUGUGAUGUUUGCGAUAAAUCAUUUUCACGACGAGAUGCUAUGAGGAGACAUCUGAAAACUCAUAGACAGGAAAAUACUCUCUAAUCAUCCUGUCCAACCUCAUGGGUUUUCUCCGGGUUCUCCAGUUUCCUCCCACUGCUAAAGACCCCUACGUGCAAAGCAAAAUAUUGAAAUAAAAUUGAAACAUGUGUUAGUCCCGAAAUGACCUCCUUAGUGUCGAGUGAACGUUAAACUCUCUCUCUCUCUAAAUUGUAUUCUGACAUUAUAGGCCCCCAAAAAUCUAUACAAGAAUAUAAUCAGUCUAUCAUAAAUCUUGAUCAAAUAAAGGAAUGUCAUUCAAAGCUUUCACUCGACAAGUGGUGUGUUUGGUAAUGCGAAGGGCCAAUUCCUUGGUGAUUAGUGUUGGCUAUUGCCACUGCACUCUCUCUCUCUCUCUCUCUUUCUCUCUCUCUCCCCUGUACAUCAAAAUGAUUAGUGUCAGGGUUCUGUUAACAAUAAUACUUUUUGUAACACAAAGACAAAUUUUGUUGAAACUAAUGUUUUUUUUUUCUUGUCCGUGAAGUUGAGUUGAAUGAUAUAGGAAUCCCUUGUUAAAGAUACAUUAUUAUUAUUAUUAUUACAUGUAUUUAUAUAGCGCUCCUUUCAUGAUAAACAUGUUUAGAUGCGCUUUACAAUAAAAAUAACAUAACACAAUGGAUAAAAUCACAAUAUCAAUAUAGAAUAUAGAUGGGGUUUUAAAAAUAUGUAGUUCGUGUAAAAAUAGAAAUAUAGAAAUCCACAUUUAAAUAAAAAACAGUAAUAUAUAAACUGUAAAAAUAGAAUUAUGUAAAAGCAAGAGUAAAUAGGUGGGUGAGAGAUUAUAUAAAGAGCUGGCAGUUCUCACUAUAAUAGUUAAAAACUAGAUAAUGUAAUGGGAAUUUGCUGAAAAUUACAGUCAAAUUGAUCCACUCUGAACCAAGAUUUUAGCGAUUUAAAAACAAAUUAAAAAAUAUAUGCAGUCAAUCGAUCAAUCAAUCAAUUAAUUGACCCUUGCUGUCAUAUCUCACAAGGACAACCAUACUAAACUUAGGCUGCCUGUCUAAUUGCGAGCGAAGAUAUUACCCUUUGAAUGUUUGACAAGGCGUGUGCAUUGUUCGAAGCUAAGUCUGGCUCCUCCAUUUUUAGCUUAAAUCAAAAUAUGGCUGAACUGUUCUAAUCUAUUUAAUAUUGGAGAAAUCUGAUGCCAUCGAGAGUUGAUUAG